AUGGACCAGUUUGGAGAUAUAUCAGAAGGUGAAGUAGAUCAUUCUUUCUUUGACAGUGACUUUGAAGACACAAAGAAAUGUGAAAGUAACUCAGUGUUUGAUAAGCAAAAUAAUGACCCUAAGGAAAGAAUAGAUAAAGAUACAGAAAAUGUAAACUUGAAAUUUGGAAUACAAACCAAGGAAAAUCAAGAUACUGAAAAGGGAAAUGAGAAAAAAGAGAAAAUUUCUCUAGAAGAGCACUGUAUAGAGAAUGAUAUUAUCCAAUCUACAAGUUGUUCUUCUUUGAACACUUCUUCAACAUCAAAAAAACAGUGUGAUGCUACCACAGGACAUAAAAUACACUUGCCCAUUCCAAAGAGAAUUCCCAAAAUUCGAAAAGAAGGUAAAGAUAAUUCCUUUACAGAUAGCGAGGAAGGCAGUGAUGAUGGGAAAAGACAUCAUGUCAGGUCCAAGUCAGCUAAACCACCUAAUAACUUUAAAAAAGGUGUAAAUAAAAAAUAUUCCAAAAUUAGUUCCUCUUCCUCUUCUUCCUCUUUGUCCUCUUCAUCGUCAAGUUCAGAUAUAGAUUGUUCUGAUACAGGGUCUGAUAUCUGUAUAUCUGAUUCAUCUCCAUCAUUAAAGAAACAUGUUUCUGGUGCAACUCUCGUAUCACCAAAACAGAAAUAUAAUCCAGGAAUAAAAUCAACAGAAAUGCACCCUUUAAGUACUAAAUCAAAAGCUGCUGACCAUGCUGAGGAAUCUGAAGAUACUGUGACUGAUGUCACUCCUCUAUCAACCCCAGAUAUCAGCCCUAUUCAGUCUUUUGAACUGGCUGCAUCAAAUGACCAUAAAGUAAAAGUUAAAAGGCAAGAAAAUGUGAGUCAAGAAGUAUAUGAAAAUGGUGAGGAUUUAAAGUGUAAUUCAAAGCAUUUGAAAUCGUCCAGAAAAGGGAAAGAAAAAUGUGGGUCCAGUCUUACCUCAACCUCGAAGUCUGCAUCGUUAGAUUCCAAUUUAGACCAGAGAUAUAAACAGAAAGUCUUACAUGACACAAUGGAUCUAAAUCAUCUUUUGAAAGCUUUUCUGCAAUUAGAAAAAAAGGGACCACAAAAACAUCACUUGGAACCACCUCCAAUAGCACCUAGGAAAAACUACUCUUUCACAAGAGAAGAGGUGAGACAGAUUGAUCGGGAAAAUCAGAGGCUUUUGAAAGAACUGUCCAGACAGGCUGAAAAACCAGGAAGCAAAAGUACAAUUCCUAGAAGAUCAGUUGGUCAUCCCCCUAAGUUAUACCAUAGUGCACUCAACAGACAGAGGGAACAACAAAGAAUUGAAAGAGAAAACUUGGCUUUGUUGAAAAGGCUUGAAGCUGUGAAGCCAACAGUUGGUAUGAAACGCUCAGAACAACUGAUGGACUAUCAUCGCAAUAUGGGUUAUCUCAACUCAACUCCAUCUUCAAGACGAGUGAGAUCUACUCUUGGUCAAUAUAGCCCAUUAAGUGCUUCCAGGACAUCGAGUGCUACCAGUGGUCUCAGUUGUAAGAGUGAUCGACCUGUUUUUGAUACAUCCAGUGGCCUAUUGCUAAGACCUAAGCCCUCUAAUGUCCGUGCAGCUUGGUUAUAA